GUUCCUUUUCCUCACAGUUGGUCGGCUGAGGGAGCGGAAGCGGCGAAGGAGGGGAGGACUUCUGCCCCUUUGCCGGGUCUUUCGGCGCUGCCCGUGCCUCCUCCUUCCCGCCAUGGACAAGAGCGCGGUGGCCAGAAUGGGAGCGGUGGCCAGCGCCAGCGUGUGCGCCCUGGUCGGAGGAGUGGUCCUGGCCCAGUACAUCUUCACCGUGAAGAAGAAGACGGGCCGCAAGACCAAGAUUAUAGAGAUGAUGCCAGAAUUCCAGAAAAAAACUGUCCAUAUCAAGGACCCAGGGAGAGUGGAAGAAAUUAUCUGUGGCCUCAUCAAGGGAGGAGCUACCAAACUUCAGAUAAUUACAGACUUUGAUAUGACGUUGAGUAGAUUUUCUCACAAUGGUAAACGAUGUCCAACAUGCCAUAAUAUCAUUGACAACUGUAAACUCAUAACAGAUGAAAGUCGCAAAAAGUUACUCCAACUGAAAGAAAUAUAUUAUGCUAUUGAAAUUGAUCCUAGUCUUACCAUUGAAGAAAAGUAUCCUUAUAUGGUUGAGUGGUACAACAAAUCACAUGCUUUACUUAUUGAACAAGGACUGCAAAGGGACAAACUUUCUGAAAUUGUGAGGGAGUCCGAUGUUAUGCUAAAGGAAGGAUAUGAACAUUUCUUCGAUAAACUCCAUAAACAUAAUAUCCCUGUAUUCAUAUUUUCUGCUGGAAUUGGAGACGUAUUAGAAGAGGUUAUUCAACAAGCAGGAGUGUAUCAUCCAAAUGUCAAAGUAGUUUCCAAUUUCAUGGAUUUUGAUGAAAAUGGCGUAUUAAAGGGAUUUAAAGGAGAAUUAAUUCACGUUUAUAACAAACAUGACGGUGCCUUGAAGAAUACAGAGUACUUCAAACAAUUGAAAGACAACAGCAACAUCAUAUUGCUUGGAGACUCCCAAGGAGAUUUAACUAUGGCAGAUGGAGUGGCAAACGUUGAGCACAUUCUUAAGAUUGGUUUUCUCAAUGAUAAAGUUGAAGAAUUGCUGGAAAAAUACAUGGACUCCUAUGACAUUGUUUUGGUGAAAGAUGAUUCCUUGGAUGUGGCCAACUCAAUCCUACAAAAGAUUCUGUAACGUGCAUCAUUGCAAUUGGCAUGUUUUCAUCCUCAUGGAAGCAAUACAACACAUCAGUUUGCUUGUGCUGACUUGGAAUAUAACCGCUGAAACUGUUUUUCUUGCAAUUUGUUUGGAAAGCAUACUGUAUCCAUCAUCAUUUGGACACUCCUUGCUGCUGUUAAACACACUUCAUUUUUGACUGCAUCCCUUAUUUUUGGUUCCAAUGUUAGUAAGUCUCCAAGGAUUUCAUUUUUUAUUCAUGCUUAAUAAAGGGAUGUUUUUGAAAUGGAGCCUGGUAGAAAAAUUGUAAAAGGGUAAAUUUUCAAAGAGUUAAAUUUAUUUAUUUCAAACUGCAUAUUUGUGUUUUUAAAGUUGGGGUUUUUUGUAUACCCUGAAAAAAAUACUUUAUGGUAGAGCACAUAUAAAAGAGCUCUCUGUUCACUCUUUUGUACUGGAAAGAGCAGUUCUAUACAAUAAAUUCCUAAAAUCCCUUUGGUCAUAA